UAUAUAUUGCCUAAUUCUAUGACUUAUAAAAACAUAACCCAUAUAUUUGAUCAAUUUUAUAUUGAAUGAAAUAAUAAUUAAAUAUAAGGGAAAUAGUACAGCUGAAUUGAUCUUCAUCAAUUCACAAGAAAGAAAUUUCAAUUAUUUGAUCAUGUCCAAGAAAUAUGGUUUGAUAACUUCAGGUCAGAAUAAGAUGGUUGUUCAACCACCAGGAAAAAGGGCUGCCAUUUUUGAUGAGGAUUCGGAUUCUGACGAAUCUGAUUCAUCAAAACCGAUUUUCCAAAAACCAAUACUACAAAAAAAAAUUGAAAUUGAGCGUGAAAAAGCAUUGGAAGAAGAUCCCACUGUUUAUCAAUAUGAUGAGAUAUAUGAUGAUAUGGCGAAACAAAAAAAUGAGUGUAAAUUAUCAAAAAAAUGGGUUGACAAAAAACCAAAAUACAUUAGUAAUUUAAUUAAAGCUGCUGAAAGAAGAAAACGAGAAAAUGAGCGAAGAUUAGAACGUCAAGUACAGAAGGAGAGAGAAGCUGAAGGAGAUGAAUUCAAAGAUAAGGAAUCAUUUGUGACACCAUCUUAUUUAAAAAAAUUGGAAGAAAUGAAAGUGCUUGAAGAACAAGAAAAAAGAGAAGAAUACUUAGAGACUAUUGGAGAUGUGAAAAAACAAGGAAAUUUGGAUGGAUUUUAUAGACAUGUUUAUGAUCAAAAAGUCAACUUUGAUGGAACUGAAUUUGAAAAGAAUGAAGACGGAGAAAAUAGCGUGGAAAGAAAUGUAAGCUCAAAAGAUGAAGAAUCUCUACAUAAUGAGGUAACUAGAAAAAAAUCUGCUAAAAGGCAUUACAGAAAAAGAGAAAAAUCAGACAGUGAAGAUGAUAAUCAACAUAAGAAAAAAGAACAUCUACCGUCAAAUUUAGAUGCAGAUUCUGAUUUUAGUAUUGAUUCAUCAGAUAGUGAAAAAGAAAAAUUGGAAGAAGUAGAGUAUAAAGAAACAAUGAUCAAAGAUGAAGAAGCUCUAGAAAAAAAAGAAUCUAGUAAAACUGAAGAAGAGAUAAAUUUAGUAAAACCCAAAGAACUGAAGAUUAAAGAAAUACAAGAGAUUAUUGAAAAACCAGUUCAGAAAAAGGCUAAGAUUGAUGUAACACAAAAAAGAACUGUUGGGGAAGCUUAUGAAGCUGCUAGGCGGAGGUAUCAAGAAAGAAGUGCUGUAAGGAACUCUGCUUGAAAUAAAAUUGUUUAUUCUAUAUAUAUAUAUAUCUUUUAUAUAUAUAUAUAUAUAUAUAAUAACUAUUGCUGUAAGAGCCAAAAUAAAUAUACUGAAUGAAAUUUAAGGGUCUUUAGGCUCGGGUUUUGGGAGUAAAUGAUUGACUACUCUUUAUUCUAUGCCAAGCUUUCGCAUUAAUUUAAUGCUUUUUCAGGGCUUCUGCAAAAGAUC